CUAACCAUUUCAUUAGCUCUUCAUUGAUAGUAAACAAAACGCGGUCGUCUUCUUUGACCGCACCAGUACUUUGUUCUGUCGUUCCAUGGAAUUAGGAAGCGGAAAAACACCCGGGAAACAUGGACAUUCUCCAAACGAUGUGCCGCAUUUGCGAGUCCCAGCAGAAUCUGUGUGAUCUGACCAGCCAGGUUAACGAAACCGUUGCCAAUAAGCUGACCACCCUGACCUCCAUUCGGAUUUCCUCGGAAGACUCUCUCCCGCGAUGCAUUUGUCUCGAGUGCGUUGGCACUCUGAACUUGGCGUACGAAUUCCUGCUGCGAUGCGAAGCAUCGGAACAAAGACUGCAGGAGGUGCUGCGAGCAGGCACAGAACAACCCUCGGAUGACAAAGAUGAAGAGGAUCCCCCGGAUGAUGAGGAAGCUUCCACGCUGGGAUUCGUGAUGGAACAUUCGGGCGACGAGGAAGAUGAGGAUGUGGAGGAGGAAGUGGCUAUAGCGAUCGUCCAAGAGGAAUCCAUGGACGCGAUGGAAGAUGCGCAGUUGCUGUACGAAGCUGUCCCGGUGAAGUAUACGAUCGAAGAAUAUCUUGAGGAGACGGAGAUCGAUGAAGAGCAGGAACAUGAACAGACGGAAAUAGUGGUGGAGGAUGUGAAGGCGCACAUGGCGGAGAUGAGUGCGGGCGAGCGAGAUAAGAAUUUCUACUGUGAUACAUGUGGGUCAAGUUUCGAGAAGUGCACGGAUCUCUAUCAGCACAUCAAGAGUCACGGGAAGGCUCGGUACCAGUGCAAGGAAUGUGAUCGGUGGUUUUCGCGAAGGGCGCAUUUGCAAAGCCAUGAGGUGAUUCACACCGGCGAGAGGAACUUUCGCUGCCAUAGAUGUCCAAAUGCUUACAAGAGUAGUCGUAAUUUGAGAAGGCACGUGAAGAGUGCUCACUUGGGGGAGAAACCCUUCGUUUGUGAUCUCUGCGGGAAGGAAUUCUCUCAGAAGACAGUACUAGAAGCGCAUCACAGCACACACGUCCAGGAGAGAAACUACUCAUGUGAGGUUUGCCAGAAGCGAUUCAAGUCGAGCAAGUUGCUCAAGUUGCACGUCACUCGACAUGUGAAGGGUGCCCAGACAAGGCAGGAAUCGGAACCCCUGGAAUGCGACGUGUGCCACAAACAGUACUCGAGCAAGAUGUCCUUGAAGAACCACAAGCAGAUUCAUUCGGACACCAAAAUAGCCUGCACGUUUUGCGGGAAGAAUUUCAAAAUAAUGGCGCACUUGAAGGUGCAUCUGCGAAGUCACACCAAAGAGCAGCCGUACGAGUGCAACCUGUGUCACAAGAAGUUCGGCUACGAGACUUCGCUCAAAACGCACCGCUUGGUGCAUUCAAACGAACGGCCCUACAAGUGUGACCUGUGCGAUGUGGCCUUUCGGCAAUUGAACCACUUGAAGGCGCACAAAUUCUUGCACAGCGGUGAGAAACCUUUCGAGUGCACCGUCUGCAAGAAGUCAUUCGCCCUCCGAGGGAACUUGACCAUCCACAUGCGAAUCCAUGACGGCCCGGUUGGUAGUCCGUUCCAGUGCCGGCUUUGCGUGGGCAAGAAGCUGAACGACUCGAACGCUUUGAAGCGACAUCUGAGGGCGCAUCCGAAUGCGAAGGUUGUGAAAACGGGCACCUUGACGGUCAUUGUGGAGGAAGGUACGGCGGAUGAACCGGAAGAGGGAGAAGUCAAACUGGAGGUGAGUAGUGUUGAACAUUUGGUGGAGGAAGAAGAGCGUUUAUAAAGGAACCUUGGGUUCGAUUCGGAUCUUA